UUGGGACUUGUUGAGCAAACAACCUUAGUCGGUUGUUCAGUAAAUGUGUGGUGUUAAGGUGAAGCUAGCUCUUCUGGUUCUCGAGCUUCGUUAAGUUGCUUCUGACGCCUUCUCUCGUCGCCAACUUGGUUGCUUUGCGCGUUAAAAUUGUGCACUCUGUGGUGUAAACGGGAAGAAGGGGAACACAGAACAAUAAGGGUCCAGUUUCAAGAGAGAGAAGAAGGGCCAUUUCGUUGCUUGCAGCGUUUUCCAUCUUUUAACACCUCAUUUUCCUCAUGCGUGCAAGCCAUUCUAUAAUUUCAACCCACCCACAUUUCUUGGUUCUUAAUCGCUUUAAUUGCCUUUAAGAUUCUGCAUACCCUCCUCCAUCUCAACUUCAUUGCUUCAUCCUCUUCCUUUCCUCUCUCCCCACACACAACACAAAAAUAAAAAACCAACCUUUUGCUCCUUCGCCUUUCAUUGUCCUUGUCCCGGAUUCCUUUUCUUCAAUCGUUUUCAAAGGCCUCAACUUUUUCUAUAUCUCCAUUUGGAUCAUUUGAAUUAUAGCGGAAUGGGGAGUCACAUGAGCAAGAAGAUGCCUGAAACUUCUACUGUUGGCCUCGGCACCGAAUUGUUGCACUACAAAACUGAGCUGAGUUCUUAUGAGGCUGCUUGCAAGCUUGAUUCUGAUUUGCAGUUCUUUGACAUCACACUUCAAGCUAGAACAAAUGAGGUUAUCAAUACUCUUGCUGCUGGUGUUGAAGUUCGGGCCCUUUCAUUUGAGUCUCUAAAACAAGUCACAGAGUGCCUUCUGGAGAUGAACCAGGAAAUUGUGAAGGUAAUCUUGGACUGCAAGAAAGACAUAUGGAAAAGUCAAGAACUGUUUGAACUGGUUGAGGAAUACUUUGAGAACAGUCUGCAAACUUUGGACUUCUGCACUGCAUUGGAAAAGUGCCUCAAACGUUCUCGUGACAGUCAGCUGCUAAUCCUUGUGGCUCUUCAACAGUUUGAGGAGGAAACAGGAUUGGGUGACAACCGGUACGUGAGGACAUUGCAAGAAUUUAAGAAUUUCAAGGCAGCUGGUGACCCUUUCACCGAAGAAUUCUUCCAGAUAUUUCAAUCUGUUUACAAGCACCACAUACUCAUGUUUGAGAAGUUGCAACUCAGGAAGAACAAGCUUGAUAAGAAGCUCAAAUACAUCAAGUCUUGGAGGAAGGUUUCCAGUAUGAUCUUUGUGGCUACUUUUGCUGCAGUCUUGAUCUGCUCCGUUGUUGCAGCAGCUAUAGCAGCACCACCUGUUGCAGCUGCAAUAGCUGCAGCUACAUCGAUCCCGAUAGGAUCAAUGGGAAAGUGGAUGGACUCCCUCUGGAAGAACUAUGAAAAUGCAUUGAAGGGGCAGAAGGAAGUGAUUAGCUCAAUGCAGGCUGGAACCUAUGUUGCUAUAAAGGACUUGGACAGCAUUAGGGUUCUCAUUGACAGGCUAGAAAUUGAGAUUGAAUCUCUAUUGCGUAAUGUGAAUUUUGCCAUUGAAGAAGGAGCUGUGAAAGUUGCAAUAGAAGAAAUAAAAAAAAAGCUUGGAGUGUUCAUGAAGAAUGUUGAAGACUUGGGAGUUCAAGCUGAUAUGUGCAGCCGUGACAUUAGGAGGGCAAGGACAGUGGUCCUGCAGAGGAUCAUAAAGCAUCCCCACAACUAAAGACAGUCUCGUGUCAUGUCUAAUCUGCCAGUAGAAACUCUUAGAUGGAGAAUACACCUUCUCCUAUAAUAAAUUUUCUAGAUUCAUAGGUUCAUAUUAAAGGAAUAAUUACCUGGCAUAUUUGAUAUGCCUCAUUCUUGCAUCUAUUCUUUAAUUCAUGUCAUAAUAGUGCACUAAUGUACAUAUUUAUUCUUUGCUCAUUUUAUGACUUGAUUUGGA